AGAAAACAGAAUUUAAUACAGAUAACAAUGCAGGAUCUUUCUUCAACGGUGUCGUUUACCCCUAGCUUCAGUUUCUACGUCUCCCGUGACAAUAACAUCGUGGAAACGGCCGUUAGAGUUGUCCGUGAGUCCCAGAGUAACUACUCAGUUAAAGAUGACGGCGACUCUGAAUUCGAGUUCGAAACGUCGCCGUUACGUGAGGAGAGCUUCUUCCACUUCCCAACGGAGAGAGAAGACGAUUCCGAUCGAGUCGCAUCGAAGAAUCUUUUCCACGGUGGAGUGACUGUUGAUCAGUCUCAGUCGCAUUCAUCGUCGGAGUCCGACGAUCUCACCCCGAGCAGGUACUACUGUUUCUGGUCCCCGAUCCGAUCUCCGGCGAGAGGAGAUAGCUCCGAGAGUAAGCCUUCGAGACGUUGCCGCCGGAUCAAGGAUUUUCUGAGGAGAAGCCGCAGCGACGGAGCCGUUUCGACCACGAGCGAACCGAAACGGUGCCGUUUCAAGGAUCUUCUGAGGAGAAGUCACAGCGACGGCGGGGGAAGUGUGUCUUCGGUUUCGCCGGCAGUGAAAGGGAUACAUAAGACGGCGUCGUAUAAGUCUACAAGCAUCGGGGAAGUGAAUAUGAGAAGAAAGACUUAUUUACCUUACAGGCAAGAUCUGAUCGGCGUUUUCGCCGGAAGGAGCAGAUUCAGUCGAUAAAAUUAAAUUUACAUAUAGGUCCUUCUUUGAAUGUAUAUUUUUGUUUUUGGCCAUGUAAAACUUUUUUGUGUUAAUUAAUUCCCGAUAUACUUUAUGUUUGC